AUCGUGCAUGUUGUUUUCCAUUCGUCUGGCACGCGUUGCACGUGCUGUGCUGUUGAAAUCGUAAUAUUUUCGUGAAAAUCUGUUAUUGUGCCACCAAAAAAUGGUAGCCACCGUCGAUCACACAAUGUCCGACGACGAAUCCGAUCGCGUGGAUCCGAUAGCCCAUCAGAAACUGCUGGCCGGAAUCAAUAGCAUCGUUCGGACGCAAGAUGUCCAGAAGGUGUCCCGCACCGAGCCGAUCAAUAGGAAGUCGGAGUUCCACCUGGUCAAGGCGCAGUUCAGCGAGAAUGACAGUGCCAAACCGAAAGCGGCAGUCAAGUUGGACGAUCUGCUGGGAAUUCUGAAGAAAUCCGGUAAGAAAACGACCCUAGGGAAGGAGUUAGUUCAGGUUAAAGACAAGAAGAAAACAUUACGAAAGCCGCUGGAGAAACCGGUGGCGGAUCGAAUUGAGCGGGAUACUCUGUACGGGAAAACGCAGAAAAACUUGGAUCUGUGGGAACCGGUGGUGACGGCAGGCGAUGCUGCACCCCAAACGGUUUUUCCGUUGCAGUACGGAAAGGUUGAUCUGGCAAAUGAAGCACCGCAGAAGCUGUCUCAAUACCGGGUCAAAUCGGAUCUAAUGAAGGCGAUGGAAGAGCUGGAUAGCAAGUACCAGAAAGAGGAGGUGGAGGAAGUGGAGCAAGAUCAGUACGCACUGACGCUGGAGGAGUUGAGGCAGAAGCGGAAGGAAGCUGCCCGGCAGAAGAUGAGGGAGGCGUACAAGAUUUCGAAAGGUAGAAGGAUGAAUAAGAUCAAGAGCAAAAAGUUUCACAAACUGAUGAAGCGAGAGAAGAUUCGGAAUCAGAUCAAACAGUUUGAGGAGCUGCAGAAGACGGAUCCGGAGGCGGCGUUGAAGCAGUUGGAGUUGAUCGAGAAGCAGAGAUAUCAAGAGAGAGCCUCAUUGAGACAUAAGAAUACCGGAUCGUGGGCGAAGAAUAUGCAGAUUAGGGCAAAGUACGACAUGAAUGUGAGGCAGGAAAUUGAAGAACAGUUGUCGAUAGGGAAGGAACUGAUGGCGAAGCGGUUGGCAGAAGACGAGUCUUCCGAGUCUGGGGAGGAAGAAGUGGUGGAACCGGAUGAUGAUGAUGAGGAUAACCCUUGGGUCAGGAAGAAGGGAGAUCACGAGGAGGAAGGGAAUCGAGAGUUUACCAGUGGCUAUCGCAAGUACUGGGAGCAGAGAAAUAAGGUGGAGGAGAUUAAAAAACAAAUUCAGGAUGAGGAAAUAGAAGUGCGGUCAGAGCACGACGAAAGAGAAGCAGAGGAAGGAGAGGAUUCUGAAGACGAACGCCAGCUGGAAAUGUUCAAGAAAAAGGUCAUAAAAUCGAAGGCAAUUUCAACUUCUGCUUGGGAAGAGGAAGACCAGUGCGUUUCCGAAGAGAAGCCAUCGAAAAAGAAGAAGAAAAGUAAUCGCCAGGAACUGAACCUAGAGGAAAUUUUUGAUGAUGCCCAGGAACUUCUUCAGCAAAAGGUGCAGCAAAAACUGGCAAAUGUUCAAAAAUUGUCCGCAGCUCAGAAGAUUGUAUUAAGGCGCCCAAAAAAUAGCCAGAACAAACGGAAAGCCGAGGAUAAAGGCAAAUCCAAUCUAGCAUUCAAAAAGAAGGUUACCCUUGCCGAUGCAGACAUUGCACUGGAUGAGACUGCCGGAAAUCAAAAAGACGACAGUAGAAUUCCGCACAUGGCGAAAUUCUUCACAGAAGACAAGCUACAAGAUUCCGCUACUGCUACAUCAUCGUCGGAAAUCACCAUCAAUCCGAAGCAGUUCGUUCAGAUGAAGCCGAAGCACAUGUUGAAUGCCAUUCCGGAUUUAACCACCGGUGGCGAAUUGUCAGAUGACGAAGAUCCUGAGCACAGUCAAAAGCUCACCAUAGCGGAAGCGUUCGAGGACGACGACAUCGUUGCCGAUUUCGAGCGGGAAAAGCAAGACGAACGCGAUCGAACCAAACCCAAAGAGUUGGUCCUUUUCCUGCCGGGUUGGGGUUCAUGGGGCGGUUCCGGAAUCAACGAGCGAAAAGCGCAGAAAACUCGCCGGAAGAUGUUCAAGGCACCGCCGGUGUUCCCGCGGCGGGACGACAACCAGGACCGGGUCAUCCUCAACGAGGACGCUGUGAGCAAGAAGCUUACCUCGCAUUUGGUCAACGAACUGCCGUUCCCGUUUGUGAGCGUGAAGGAUUACGAAGCCUCGAUGAGGGCACCCCUGGGUAGGACGUUCCUUCCGGAAACGGCCCAUUUGACGUUGGUUGAGCCGCGGGUGGUGACCAAGAUGGGAGCCAUUAUCGAACCGAUGAAGAAGGACAUUUUGCUGCAGGACGUGAAUAAGAGCUUCCAAGUUGGAGGCAAGCAGUACAACAAAGCCGUGAAGAAGUACGAGGAAUUCCUGGAGCAGAAUGAGCUGAGCCAACAGGAGCAAAAGUAGUGCCUGUGUUGUUGAAAGUCUAUUUUCAUUUACGUUUUAUUAUGAUACAUGGAGUAAUAAAGUUCUUAAAAAAUAAUUAACUUA